AUGACUGCAGCUAAGUUCUUAGAUGUGCCACGCUCUUUCCCAACUACCUCUGACAACUCAGAAGAACGUGAAGUUCUCAAAGAGGGAAUUUUGAAACGGCUACCACUGAAUAUACCAGCCUUGGUUCAUGCUUCUCCACUCAAGAGCAGUGACGGUGUGUUAUACGCAGGUAGCAAAAAAGAUGUUUGGCUUGAGAUCGAUGCCCUGACUGGUGCUAAGGUAGAGACGAUGUCAGCCACGAAUGACAAAGUUUGUCCAGCUAAUAAUAAAAAUGCCGUGUUCGUUGGCCGAGCUGAAUAUCGUAAAGCGUUCUCAGACAUGAGGUCAAAGAAUGUGUCAACAAGGUUGAACAAUGCGAUUAUCUUGUACGACAGUGAGAGCGGUAUCCUAUCAGCGGUUGUUCGGUCGAAUAUCUCAACGCACAUCACAUUGUUGAUGGAAACUUUCCCCAUGCUGUGUAUUGGUGCACCUUAUGCGACUACCACAUGUCUAGCAUACAACAUGUGCGAAGUAACUUUGAACAGCAUGAGCAUUUCGCGGAUGAACAAGCAUAAUUUACAAAGCGCUUGUGACCUAUCGACAAGAACGUGACCGAAAUCCACGGCUCACAGUUUAUGAGCACGUUUACGCUUUCGUUAGUCAAAGUACGUGUACUACUUUAUGACUCUGAUCAGUGGGAUCACCAAAACUGCAUCGGAUCCCACAUGUUCUAUGGGUACGACCUCCAAUGUGUCUUUACCUAAUUUUAGAUAGGUCAAGUAAUUGUUCUGCAUGUAAUUUGUAACUUUGUAUCAAUUUCCAAAUUGCUGAUAGUAUAUUUUAGUCAUAGAAUGCGUAUCCUGUACUUAUCUCACCUCAUCUUAUUGCCUCCAAGAGUCUUAGUCUAGCAUCAACCAAAGCUUUCACAUGUCCGGAUCGAACUGUACAUUGUUCUUAUUCAUUCUGUGCA